CUAGUACCUACCUUUCCUUUGUAUCAAUUAAUCAAAUUAGAUGCAUUUUUUAAAUAUUUUUAUCUCUUUAACAAUGUUUAACAAAAUUUAUCAAGUUACCAAUACCAUACAGAUUAGGUGAUAGUUCGGAUGAUUGAAGUUGAUACUAAUGAUUAAAUAGAUAUUCUUAGGAUUUAUAAUCAAAGAAAUAUUAAAUAAACGUGAAAAGUGUUACUAUCCUACACAUCUCUGACCAGAUAAUUAAAUUCUUUGAUUCAGUCAUGGCAUUUUCAACAAUGGUAUCCUUAGAUAGAAGUAUAACAACUAAUUUAGAACACGGUGCGAUUAAGACGAGACCAGCAAAAUCGAAUGGGAUAUGGUGUCAUAUGUUAUUGCCGUGUAUUUUAUGUACAUACUGUUUGAUGGACAGUGUCUCAGGCUUGUAUAAGGUUGUAACAGUCUUAUCAUGUGGCCUAUUUUCCUAUUGCUCUCUAUUUGUCACAUUUCUGUCCAUGUCAAGUCUUAUUGUAAAAGAGCCGGAUUAUGGGGGAUGCAUGACUUCCAGCCUUAUAUCAACUCUUAUGCUUUAUGGUGUGCUGGACCAUUAUUUUUCAUUUUCAUUCCUUACAUCAACCCUAACCAUGUUUUCCUUUCUUUGGCUGUUGAGGUACUGUCUGAUGAAGUGCCCAAUGACAUUCACAAUUGGUGAAGCUAUGAUAGUACUGCAAGGUGUAAUAUUAUUUGCAGUUUCAUCUGUGAUAAGAUUUUUAGUAAAAAACCAAGAUGAAAAUGAGGACUUGUCUUAUAUUUAUUUUAUUGUACAAGUGGUACUUGUAGCUGUGGCCCUUAUGGUCACUGUAUUGUUUAGCCUCAGCAAGGGACUUAGAAGUGUGAAGACACUUGUUUCAAUCGUAUUAACUGGAGGAACAUUCAUAUUAAUAUUAUUUCAUUAUAAAUUGGGACCUGACUUCAUUCCACAAUUUUUAAAAUAUGUCUUCAUCAACAAUAACAGGGGUAAACUAAUGGUGUUCUGGAUAAUACUGACUGGACUGUCGGUCUGCGCGUUAAUGCUGCGAACACAACUGGCCGUGAAGGCUGACACGGUCACCAGGAAGACAUUCCACGUGCUGGCGUCUCUUGUGUUCCUGUCUGGGAUAUUGCUGGAUCUGCCGCUGAUGCUAUUGGCAGCCGGCAUCGGACUUGGUCUCAUUGUUUUUGUUGAGGCAUUGAGGAUAUCGGACAUUGAACCAGUAACUACAGUAUUGCAAGCAGCAUUUCUUGUCUACAGCGACGAAAAGGACUGCGGCCGCUUCGCAAUGACUCCGCUGUAUUUAUACAUCGGACUAGCCAGCCCUCUCUUGCUGGUCCCCUUCUACCAGCCCAAGUACACUCUGGAGCUGUUGAGUGGCGUGCUCUCUAUAGGAGUUGGAGACACCGCUGCCAGCUGGUUUGGUUCCAAAUACGGCGUCAAUAAAUGGUCCGACAGCAGUAAGACCAUGGAAGGGACGGCAUUCAAUAUUCUAUCACAAGUUGCGACUGUGUAUGCGUUGAUAUUGUUUGAUUUGCUGGACACAAGAUAUGCAAUAUUUCGGACAGCUAUCGCGGCCACCGUUACAAGCCUUGUAGAAGCGAAGACGGAUCAAGUCGACAACUUGGUGUUGCCCUUUACAAUGCUCAUAGCAUUGCAAUUUACUCGUCUUAUCUGUUAGGGUUGUCAUAUAUAGGUAUAAAUUAUGUUAGGGGUUAUCUGUUAGGGUUGUUAUAUAUUAUAUAAAUUAUUACAUGGCGUCAGAGGAGCUAAUAACGCCAUUUUUGAUAGCCAAAUAAUAUUUCCUAUAACUUUUAACUGGACGUCUUAUUUUUUAGUCGUUGUUCUUGCUAAUUGUUGAACUGUUUUGAUAUUUUUUUUUAGUUCUACAGUGAGUAAUUUUAUUAAUAUUAAUAAUUACUUUAUACGUUUUUCCUAAGUUAUAGCAGGUACAAAAAAUAUACGUGGAAGAAAAAUUUUAGUUAAUUAAUACAUUAAUCUGAUUGUGUUGGUGAAAUGUGUAAUGUAAGUAUGAUGUUAUUUUACAGGUUCACAGAUUUCGAUCUUAGUUACUUCCCACGAUAUGGAGCUGUGAUUUGAAUUUUAAGACUGUGAUAGUGUUAUUAAAUAAAUUAUUUAAUCUGGGAGUAAACUAGUAUUACAGUAGUGUUGUAUUUUAAUUACUUUUCAAUCAAGAUUCUGUUAUUGGGCAUCAUAAAUUAAAAAAAAUAUGUAUUUAAAUGGAAAUUAGUCAAUUAUAUAUUGUAUCCUUAGAUACGUCUAUAUAGAGUUUCAUGAUGUUAGACAAUCGAUGAAAGCAGGCCAGCAAUAUUAGUUUAGUGUGUGUGGCAAGCUACGUCUUACACUCGCGAUUUGUAUGACACUGUUAGUGUGCGUGAAUUGCUCAAAAUACAAGUUAGUUCUAAACUCAAUUUUUUUCGACGUUUUUGCAGCUGUCAUAGUCUAUCUAGACGUAUAAAUGACCUAAGAUUACGAGCAUUUUAACUAUACACAGGGUAUUUGUAGAAAUAUCUUCAAACAUUCCAUGUGCCAAAGUUUGUUUUAAAAAUAAAAUAUAUUUUUAUA